AUGCUGUUAUUAUUUCCAACUUCUGUUCUCCUGCUGCUCAGCAACGGGGAGCGGAUAUGCCCAGUGAGUUGCCGCUGCGAGGGCAAAAUUGUUUACUGUGAGUCUGGCGCCUUUCAAGACGUCCCAGAGAACAUCUCCCUGGGGUGCCAAGGUCUAUCCCUGCGGUACAACAGCCUCCUGGUGUUGCUACCCUAUCAAUUUGCUCACCUCAACCAGCUGGUGUGGCUCUACCUGGACCACAAUUCCAUCAGUGUAGUGGAAAGACUGGCCUUCCAGGGGCUUCGUCGGCUAAAGGAACUAAUUUUGAGCUCUAACAAGAUCAUGCAGUUGCAAAACAACACCUUUGAGACUGUUCCAAACUUGCGAAACCUCGACCUGUCCUACAAUCAGUUGCAGGACUUGAGGCCGGGGCAUUUUCACGGGCUUCGCAAGCUUCAGAACCUUCACCUCCGAUCCAACAAUAUCAAAAGCAUUCCUGUCCGUACCUUUAUGGAAUGUAGAAGCCUCGAGUUUCUAGAUUUGGGUUACAAUCGUCUACGGACCAUAACUCGUACGACCUUCCUGGGACUGCUCAGGCUGACAGAAUUGCACCUGGAACACAAUCAAUUUUCCCGGAUUAACUUUUUCCUUUUUCCACGCCUCUUAAAUCUCCAAGCUCUUUAUCUGCAAUGGAAUCGCAUACGUUCAAUUGUCCAGGGAUCACCUUGGACUUGGCACACCUUGCAGAAAUUGGAUCUAUCAGGCAAUGAGAUUCAAGUUUUGGAUCCUGCCAUUUUUAGGUGCUUGCCCAACUUGCACACUCUCAAUUUGGAAUCUAACAAGAUCAGCAAUGUGUCCCAGGAAGUGGUUUCAUCAUGGAUCUCCAUUAGCACAAUCAACCUGGCAGGAAAUGUAUGGGACUGCAGCUCAAGUAUCUGCCCUCUGGUGUCUUGGCUGAGAAACUUCAGGGGUACAAGAGAUGCCAGCAUUAUAUGCAGCACUCCUAAAUCCCUUCAGGGAGAAAGAGUCAUGGACACCAUCAAGAAUAACUCAGUAUGCGAGGAGAUCCAAGUACAAAGACUCACUCCGAAGAUUUUAUUCCCCGUUCAGUCCGACAAAGAAUUACUCCCACCCAUUCCAACACCUAGCAGCUUACCGUUCACUCCAGAACCAGAGUUCGAGCACAUGACCUUCCACAAAAUCAUCGCCGGCAGCGUUGCACUAUUCCUCUCGGUGUCAUUGAUCCUGUUGGUGAUUUACGUGUCGUGGCGUCGCUACCCCAACAGCAUGAGGCAACUCCAACAGCACUCCAUCCGACGCAAAUGCAGGAAAAAGACUCAAGAGCCCGAGCACAACAUCAACUCCCAACUUCAAGAGUAUUAUCUGAGCUACAACCAUGCCAAUGCAGAGACCAUGGACUCUUUAGUUAACGGGGCGUGCACCUGCACCAUCUCGGGCUCCAGAGAGUGCGAGGUAUGACCUACCGCUAACAAAACGCAUUCUCUGCACCGGGGAGUCAGAGAAUGCAUACACAUUCCCCCGACCGCUACCAGGGGCCUGGCUGGGAGACAUACCUACAAUUCACUGAGGACCGGCUUAAAUAAAGUCCUUCCCGGAUUUUGGUUUAAGCACUGAGAAUUUUCCAACACAAAAGGACGGAAUUAGGUUGGCGGCGCAAACACUCUCGGACUGAAACCCUUCAUUUCUAACUCUCAAAAGUGGAGCAUGUGGAUAUGCCAAUGACACCCUGUCCUCGAACUGAAUCAGUUUGGUAGUCAGUCACUUCAACAAACAAUGAUCGUCCCCUGCAAUGGGGAGCUGAGCAGGGCUGCCAGACACAAAUGGCAAAUCCAUCAGUAAUGAACCAGCGAAACGUUUCUCGAAGCUGCCAUUGUCGCUGUACGAUAGCUACUACCUUCUCUCCCCAUGCAAUCUACGCCUACCAUUCUCUCCUGUUCAUCUCUUUUGUGUUGCAUAGUGAUGUGAUAACUAUUCAUGUUGAAGCAUUGGAAAUGUCUCUCGUGAUCAGUGGACGGUAAUUGCUCAGUUGAGCUCAACCCACAGGGAUGUUUCCUGGAGGACUGCACAACAAUAUAAGUUAUUUUUGAUGGCUGGGGAAAAAUAAUGCUGAGACUGUAACCUCCCCAUGUGAUUUGAUUUCUGUCCUGACUGAUGUCGGACAAACCACUGGAGAUCUGAAUUGUUGAUAUAAUGUGUUUCUUGUGGAUGUGCUUUUUUGUUUGUUUUCUGUUUUACAAUGGACACUUUCCCUGGAUUUUUUAGGAGUCGUUUCUCUUUGUUCGGGAAGAAAAGUUUGCAGGGUUGACUGUUUUUGAACAAGCACCUGCUAUCAUUAUGUGAUGAUACAAAGAUGUGGAGGAUGGCGGAGACAGAUUGCAAGACUUUAAAAACAAUGAGAUACAUUGAUGUUGUUUGGAACCCUUGCAUCAGGAUGCCAUUUUUACAUCCAACAUUUAGUCACUGCUCAAGCAAACACGCACAAAGCAACUGGACAUUUUCUUCUUCUUCUUCUUCUUCUUCUUCUUCUUCUUCUUUCGGCUGCUCCCGAUGGGGAUUGCCACAGCGGACCAUCCCUGAUCCGCAUAUUUGACUUGGCACAGGUUUUACACCAGAUGCCCUUCCUCAACUGGACAUUUUCUACUAUCAUAAAAUUGUGCUGCAAACUUGGCAUGACAUUCUCUACCAGACAAAACUUUGGACACACCGACUCAUUCUGUUUAUUGAUAUUUUUUGCACUUUAGAAAAGUCACCAAAACUAUGAAUAAAACACAAACUGAAAUAUAGGAAUUGUGCACUUAAAGGGAUAGUUCACCCAAAAAUGAAAAUUAUCUCAUGAUUUACUCAUCCUCCUGACAUCCCAGAUAACUUUCUUUCUUCUGCAGAACACAAAUUAUGAUUUUUAGAAGAAUAUUUCAGCUCUGUGGGUCCUCACAAUUCCAGUGAAUGGGUGCCAAAAUGUUAAAGCUCCAAAAUCCAAAUAAAGGGAGCAUAAAAGUAAUUCAUACAACUCCAGUGGUUAAAUCAAUGUUCAGACACGAUAUGAUAAGUGUGAGUAAGAAACAGAUCAAUAUCUGAAUCAUUUUUUGUCAUAAAUUCUCCUCCUUACCCAUUAGGGGGCAAUAUGCAUGAAGAAUGUGAAUCACCAAAAACAGAAGAAGGAUAACGUGAAAGUGAAGUGGAGAUUGACUGAGCUAGGAGGAAAAUUUGUAGUAAAAAAAAAAAAAAAAGACUUAAAUAUUGAUCUGUUUCCCACCCACGUGUAUUAUAUCGCUUCUGAAGACAUUGAUUUAACCACUGGAGCUGUAUGGAUUACUUUUAUGUUGCCCUUAUGUGGAUUGGCAUGUGACUUUCAGAUGUAAAACUGAAAGUGAAAGUGAAGAUUUAGAGGGGGAAAAAAAGGACUUAAAUAUUGAAUUUAAUUAGUGUUUUAUGCAGAUAUACAAUUAGAUUAUAAAAUAUAAAUAUAAACACAUCCAGAUAAAGAAAUAACUGCAGUAAUAUAAUUGAAGCAACUAUCUAUAAAAUUUGGAUAUCCUGCCAUAUAAAUAAUGCCAAAUGGCAAAACCGUACCAUAGACUAGAGGCUUAAGAUCAUGAGAAACAAAUUCAGUCAUGUGUGUCCAAACUUUUUACUUGUAGUGCAAAACAAGUUUUUUCAAAAUCUUUUUAAAUGUCACAUCAGUAUUUUCUUUGACGCAUUUUAAACAGAAAAAAAGCCACAGGUAACAAGAGUGUUUUUGCAUGAAAAAUCAAACCAGUGUAUCAAUGUAGCUAAAAAUGGGAGAAUGGAUGAAUGAAUGAGAGGAAAUGGAACAGAAAGCCAUUGAAAGGAUUAUGUCAAAAUAAACACCCACCACCAUCUGUCCAAGAAGCUCCUCUUGAUUGUUGUGUAAUCGUUAUAAUUACAUUCAUCAUAACUGGUGAACAUAUAUGCAGCUGUGUCUUCAGCCAGCAACAAGCAGAAUUACAAUUAAACCUGCCAAAGCAAAAUACAUGGUUUUGAUACAUUCCUAAAUAUUAAUUUAUGGUUAAAAAGAGACAUUAUUUUGAGUUGGAGGUAUACAAACUGGUUGCAACAUUUCUAGGUUGUUCUGGGUGGUUGCCAGGGCAUUGCUAUGUGGCUGCUUAAUGUCCCAAGUCAAAAGAGUCCACCCCCAAGUCUUUUAAUAUGGUUUGGGUCCUUCCUUCAAUGCAAGUCUAUGGGCUUUUUUCUCCACCCUUUUUAUCAUCCACCAUAUGAACAAUCGUAAGUCUGAUUGCUUAGAAAAGUAAUAGCACAUCUCUCCUCAAUAAGCCACAUGAUUUGAGGUAUCAUUCUUGUCUGCAGUACAAACAGUGCAGGGCAGUGCAAGUUAAUUUGUACUGAUUCCUUAGUCAGCAUCACUAUUGAUAAGAUAUAUAGAAAACUAUUUAGUUAAAUCCAAAUCUUGUGUCUUUUAGUGAGAAAUGACCACCCUUAAAGUCUUAUCAGAUUCUUUUAGCGAGAAAUGCAUCUGCCAAGAAUGCACAAUUCAUCAAUGUCACUGGUCAGACUGUGGGGGUUUGUGCCUGGUGGCUUGUGCAGUUUAGUUUCUAACAUGUCCCAUCCUUUUGAAGAACAUCGAGAAUAAUUCACAGAGCUCAGAUUACCAGAAGAGCUUUCCACUGAAAUUCAUUGAUUCUUCAGAAAUCCUUAACUCAAAGGCAUAAUAAAAAGAUCUAAAUGAUCUUCACAGAUGCUAAAUCAUGCCAUUUGGCCAGAAAAAUAAGAUGGAAAGUCUUCAUACCAGUAAAUUCCAAGAGGUCAAGGUUUGGCUGGUUAGCCUAGCAACUGCCAUUGAGAUGAAAGGGAAUGCUAACGCUUAGCUUUCUCCAGGUAUUAUUGAUCUCAUUACUAAUCUUCCUUUGAAAGCAUUUGUCUCCCAUUUGUUCUGAUUAAAUGAUCUUUACUGUUUAUCACUCAAUACAAAUUGACUGCAGCUCCCGAGUCUACUUCUCAGAAUUUACAAUGACCUUCGGUUUCUAAAGCAAAACAAGGCAGUAAUGACGAGAAUGCAGAUGAUGUAAAGCUUUUCCAAAUGGCCUCUAUUAGUUGAAGAUGUUCAAGGUUUUCUAUUAGUAUCAAUAUGACUGCAUUAAAGCAAGCUGAAAGUGGACCCAAACACAUCCUUCGUAUCAUAGGUAAUAAAAAAAAUACAGUGGGGUUCAAAAGUCUAAGACCACAUAAAAAAUCUGGGAUUUUUCCUGUUUAAUUCUAAAGAUAAGUCUUAUGAUUUAGAAACAUUUUUCACAAAAAAAAAAAAAAAAAAAAAGAAGAAAAAAAAGAAGAUUUAUGAUUUUGCACCAGGUAGGUCAGUAAUCAAAUGUAAGCAAAUUUGUUAGAAUGACCAUGUUAACUCUUUGUGCAAUUGUAACUAUUUGUGCAAAUGUCUAAAAACUUUUUAAAAUCCACUUUUCACUAAAAAUUGUAUGUAAGAAAUUUGUUAUGAAAAGAAAACUGAAUUAAAUAAGGAAGCAUUUUCAUUAGUGGUUUCAGACUUCAAGACCCCAUUCUAAGUCUGACAAGUAAACCUUUUCUAUGUUGUGUUACAGUGUUGAUAUAUAUGCACAGUAACAUCAGGAGACAGUUUGUUGCUAAGGUUGCUUUGAGGUUAACUGCACUGACAAUCUGUGUUUGUGAGUGUUUGAAGAAAUGCUGCUUCUCCUUAUACUUUAAUACCAGAUACACACUGUGUGCAUGAGUGCAAAGAAAACAGAAUAAUCCCUGUAUUUGCACUCUUCACCCAAGUUAUGCAUGUAACACUUAGAAAACAUUUAAGAGAAUCAAAUAGUCAGGUGUGAGAAUCACAAUGGCAGGAGAGAUAUCUGAGAGCUAGUUAAACAAAUGUUCCAGAUGCAAUACAAGUUAAGCUCUAUGAAUUAUGGAUUACCAUAGACAACAGUUUUGACCAGUCCCUCAGUUUGUAAAAACAAAUUGAAAUUGCAUUUACAGCAAUGCACUUACAAUAGAAGUCUAUGAGGCAAGUGUACAGGAGGGUUAAAAAGCAGAAAUGUUGGGGGCCUGGGUAGCUCAGCGAGUAUUGACCCUGACUACCACCUCUAGAGUCGCGAGUUCGAAUCCAGGGUGUGCUGAGUGAAUCCAGCCAGGUCUCCUAAGCAACCAAAUUGGCCCGGUUGCUAGGGAGGGUAGAGUCACAUGGGGUAACCUCCUCGUGGUCGCAAUUAGUGGUUCUCGCUCUCAAUGGGGCGCGUGGUAAGUUGUGCAUGGAUCGCGGAGAGUAGCAUGAGGCUCCACAUUCUGUGAGCAAAAAUGUAAAGCUUGUAUUUUUGUUUAAAAUGCUUAUAUUCAUUAUUUUGCACAAAAUGUGUUAUGUGAGCUUUAAAGGGUGUUUUCUAACUUUCUGGUAUCUUUGCACAUAUUGUGCACAAGUUACAAGGUUUACAGCCUUGACAUGGUCAUGACAAGAGUUAAAAGUAUUGGAUAUAACUUUGCACAGACAAAGGCAGUAGUAGUAAAUAUUGAUUCUAUCACAUUCAUGGUUCAAGUCUUGUGGCUAUACUUUCAAAACGAUGUAAUUUACCAUUCUCUGUAUAAUGCCUUGCCCCCAUAUUCUUCCAUUGUAAGUGCAUUACCAUAAACACAUUUACAGUUUUUACAAAUUGAGGGAUGAAUCCAAAUGAUCCGUGAUAAUCAACAGCAUGUCAUAGAUGCUGCCCGUUAAGCUGAACUUGUUUUGAAUUCUGAACAUUCCUUUAAAAAGGAUUAUUUGUAUGAUAUCUCAUUGACCACACUGUGACAAAAUCUAUUUUUUGCAUACAUGUUGAGCAUUCUUUGUUCAUAUUCAACACUAGACUCUGCCUUGCAGUGUUCAUUCCAUGCAAGCAUAAGCAAAAGAACAUGUCCAUGUGUACAGACUUCUCUUUUACCUCUGAUCCAGGAGUUGAUAUGUUGAUAUUUGUAUUUUUAACUGUAUCCUAAGUAUGUAUGUCGCUCCCUUUGUUUAGAAAAAUAAAUGAAAUACU